AUGCGAUGCGCGAGCAAGGCCGCCGAGAGCGCGUCUGCACGUCUCUGUGCGGACGCCGAAGCAGAAACUACAGCAACUGAUGUCCCAUCGGUUGCUGAAGAGACCCAGCCUGUAUCACCUGGUGAUGCAGGCGCUGGUCAUGAAGACACUCGUGUCUUCACAGAGUACGAGCUCGGUGUCUCGUACUCUCCUGAUACGGAUGACGGAUCUGUAUCGACGGCAAUUGAAUCCAAGCCGCCUGCCAAGCGUGGCAUGGACGAUGCUUUGCGUCGCAGCAUCUUUGGUUCAUCUGAUGAGUCAGAUGAACCAUCGCCGAAGCGAAGGCGCUCGAGGUCGCGAGACUCGGGCGCUAAUAGUGGUGUCGGUUCUCCUAUGGACACCACUUCACAGCGAGGUGCCAGUACUUCUGUCGGCACGUCGCAGGAAGAGCGGGACCGCAAUGUGUUGCGUCUCGCUCCAGAAAAGAAGGCAUGGAUGCCUCCUAAAUCUGUCAUGGAUCACUUGUCGGCGACGACGAGUGAUCGUUAUCGAACACGAUUGUUCGAUUCGUCAAGGAUUCAUCACCUUGACCCCAGCGCGAAAGACUAUCGCGCUGAACAUGAGUUCUUCAUCGAUGCUUUCUUCAGACAUCGAUGGUACAGUGGGAAUCACAAACGUGAUGGUCCCUCACUACUUCAGGCGUGGAACGCCUACAUCCAUAAUCUCGAGGAUGUAGGUCGUGACGCUUGGAACGACAAACUUAUCAAAGCUCGUGAUAAGUUUGAAAAGCGAACCCCGACAGGUGCACGCUACAAGCUGCAUCGUCUGUCAAGGGAGAAAGGAUUACCCUGCCUCUCUUGGGGAGACUCGUGCCCAUGUUGUGUGAACAACUCUGCACGAGCACCUAAGGAGGCUUACCUCCUUACCAGCCCGUGGUGGCGCGUACGUGUCUCUACUGAGAUGUACGAAGGGAUUGACAACCUGAAAUCCCUUUACGACCGUGCCGGGAAGACUUUCUCCGGCGGUCCUUCUGCGGCACAGGAUGUGUCGCGUCGUACUGCUCGACCAGACCCAGUACGUCAACCAUCAAUUGGGAGCGGGGCUCCCAAGAAUCCCAGGACGGGGGAUAGCCGCGCCACCGGACGAGGUAACUCGUCCGACGUCCAGUUCACGUCGCGGUGGUUCAACAGCUGCUCUACUAGAUAG